AUGCGGGAACUAUAUAAUGGCUCCAAUUUACCAGCUUUGAUAGCGAAAACCCCGUACGUGCUUCGUUGCGACCUGAUGUCUUCGAUGUUCGGCCAACAUUUACGGAAUUGUUAUAUAUUCGCUGACACCGGCGAACCGUUCCUUCGUCAGCUUACCGUGUUGUUAGAUUACUCGGUCUACUUUCCAGGUAACUAUAUAGUAGUAGCGGGUGAUAGUGAAGCUCGCAUGCACUGGGUGGCGUCGGGCGCUGUGUCAGUAGUUUCUGUGCAAUCAGAUUUGACUGAGACCACGCACGAGCUGUUGGGACCCGGGGAUGUAUUUGGCUUGCUCCAGGGACUCAAUAGAGGCAUAUCACACUGCUUCUCCUACAGAGCUGAAACCAAGGUUGGGAUAGUUACACUAAGCUUGGAUUCAUGGAUCAACAUCUUACCCUAUUUCCCAGAAGCGAGAAGAAUCAUCUUACAGAAAUCAGAGAUUUUAUUUACACAAAUA